AUGCAUCUGAACCUCUUCUACAUCCUCUGCCUCCCAGCUCUCUGCGCAGGUUCGGUGAUGGAGGUGACCGGGGUCACUGGUAACGGUGUUAUCCUGCCGUGUCACAUGAACACAACACAGCUGGACACUGUGCGGCGAUCCAAAUAUCCUGCCACAUCUGUGCACUGGCACCGAGACCGCAGGACAGUGGUCGUGGCACGCCCCAGCGGGGUCACCUACACCGCGCAGUUACUGGCCACGCGGGCCUCGCUCCGUAAGCCCCUGUUCGGUUUGGGAGACUUCUCGCUGCACCUGAAGCGCGUCGGGGAACGGGAUGCCGGGGUGUACGAGUGCCAAGCGCAAUAUGGAGACGUCAAGCAAACCUGUACGGUGACCCUGGCUGUUAUACAAGUGACUCAGUCACCUCGGGGUCUUAUUCCUCAGCAUGGCUCGGCCAAGCUGACGUGUUCCAGGGCCGGUCCGAAGCUGUCCGCCGAUCCUCUCCGCUGGUUCCACCGCGGGGUCCCUGUCUAUUCCAACGCCAAGUAUUUGAUUCAGGGAGACGAACUUCACCUGAAAGACAUCGGUGUAGACGAUGAAGGUGACUGGAGCUGCCAGGAGAAUGGUGUGAAAGCCACUCGGACUCUGAAAGUGUUGGCAAUCUCAGGUCCUCCGUCUCUCUCCGUCUACACUGCCGUUGGCUCGCGUGCGGAGCUACCCUGUACCGUGACCCACACGCCGACAGAAUGGCCGCUGAUCGUGCGCUGGCAAAAAAGCACGGACCAAAACAAGUUAGAUGCCAAUGGGCAGACGUAUGUCCUCUAUCACGUUAGCCCCGGAGACGCUGGAAAAUAUAGAUGUGAUGUCACCUAUGGAAACCACCGGAUGAGCAGAGAUAUUGAUCUGAAGGUCAUCCAAGUGCUACCUUCUGGUCCCGGAUUUGUUACGGAAGGCUCUCGUCUGAGGCUGGAGUGUAACGUCCUAGGAUCGGACGGUGGAGAACGGUAUGAAUGGACAGGACCUUCCACGCGCAUCGAGGGUAGAGAGGUAAAGCGUGGAUCGGUGUUGGAUCUGCCAGUCGUGAGAACAGAAGAUGCUGGACUUUGGAACUGCUCUGUGUACGGAGAAAAUAUUAUUGUGGGGAAAGUGGAGUAUACGCUCUACGUGCAGGCCGCUUAUGCAGGAGGUUUUGGUGAACUCUCGUCUUGGCAGACGUACGUCAUCCUCCUGCUGUCUCUGCUCCUGGUUUCGGGAUUAGCCGCGGUCGCUGCUGUAUCCGUCCGUAACAGAAGGCGGCGGCUGUCUCAUCUUACUGCGCUGAUGCCUCCGGUGCCUUCAACGCCUGCCAGAAAAAGUCUGAGCGUGUGAAAUGCCGCCUUCCUCUGCUGUAGGACAGGCUCCAUUUCCCAAAUUAUGGCAUUUCUGCCCUAGAUGUCUUCGGCUGGCCGCGCUCCCAACUAUGACGACCCGAGCAGGGGGAACUGAGCCAAGUGCACGGAGCCGACUAUACGUUAUUACAAACAAGGGGCUUUAAGAAGGACUUGUGAUGAGCAGCAGUAAAGUGCUAUCGCAA